AUGUCUCAUCUAAAAUUGCCUGCCCUGCUUCUUCUGCUACUUGUGCUGCUACAUUGUGUGACAACGGCACCAAACAACAGGUUUUCCAUCUCUUCCACUGAGCAGGUGGAUGAAAUGCUUGACGGGAAAACAUUGAUGUCCCCAGGCUUGCUGAUGAACCCUUUCCUUCAAUUUGCAGGGUUGCGACCCAAGAGGGGAAUCAACACAGUCAACAGCCCUCAACACCACUUAGAGAAGAGAAGAUGCAACACAGCUACAUGUGUGACCCAACGGUUGGCUGACUUCCUUAUUCGCUCCAGUAACACCAUUGGCACCGUCUACAUCCCGACUAACAUUGGUGCAAACUCCUAUGGCAAGCGGGACGUGUUCCAAUCAUCAAAAUCACUGCCUCUUUAG